AUGACGUGCUUCAAUAAUGCAUCGCGUUUGCACGAAAAUUUCGUCUAUUUACCUGUAAUUACGGCUAACGAAGUGUAAGAUGAUGAUGGAAAUUCUGAUACGUUUCAAACGCGUUAUGCUUUUGUUAAUGUUGCUGGAGUUGCCUAAGUUAGUGGAUCACAGCCUACUGCGUUUCUAUUCUGCUGUGUUUAUGGUAAUGAGACGGAUUUGGUAAAGUUUAUUUAAAACGCGAUGACGAAUCGCAUGAGAGCGGAUCCGUGACCCAAAUGCGGUCCAGAAUUUUGGCCUCCAAGUCCCACACGCCCCAAAGAGGAGGAUCGGCGAAUCCAAUCGAGUCGGAAGAGUUUGGAACGACGUCGAGCGGUGAGCGAAUCCUGCGACGGCUGCGACCAUGACGUCAUUCCAAUUUGGUUGAUGACAUUUCUCUGUUUUGUAACCAUUGUAACGGACAACGGCGUCUACGAUCCGCGCCAAGGUAACCUAAAAAUAAGUCCGUUGGUUGGUUGGUUGGUUGAUUGGUGGUUCUGCGCCUCCCUUGUUCUCUUCUCUCCUCCGACACCGCCGGGUGUAUUAAUAGGACGGAAUUAGAAAUAGAAGGCGAAGAAGAAGCGAAAAGUGAAAAGGAAAGUUUUACUCUAAAUAUAGGACGUCCUAGGGGAGGCGCGCACAUUUCUCUGUGAAAAUACCAAAGGUUGUUGCUGCCAGGAAUAGGAGGAAGAAGCACACGAGAAACCAUGGAGUUGAGGUCAGGAAGGUCCAGGUCCCGCACACCCUUCCUCACACCAACACUGGAUGAGGCAGAAAUACAAUCGACAAGAAUAACAAGAAGCUCAACGUACAAAUAUGAAAGUUACUCGAAAGAGGAUUCAUCUCAGGGCAACAAGAAGCUCAGGACUCGAAAUGCUUCAAGCAAGCACACCUCAGAUUAUUCAUCUGGGGAUGAUGGGGAGUACACAGUCAGCUCCUCAAUUGCUGAGAAUUUGAGGAACCACUCGAGGGAGAAUGAGGAUGACCACCGCAGCGGCCGGUUGUCAGCCUUGAAAGUCUAUAGGGAUGCGAAGGAAUAUUGGAAUCGUUAUCCUAAAACAGACUACACGUAUUCUCGUAAUUCAAGGGACCGAGUGGAGCUGUCGCCGGGCGUCGUGAACAUGCCCAACAUGUCGAGGAGGCCCAUCCACGAGUCCACUCCCAUCUCGAUGGACUACACCAACAAGGAGACCAACACCAGUCCGUCUCUGCAGAGGCACAAUCACCAGCAGCACCAGGACGUGCUGAACCGUCGAGCGCCGCGCAUGAACCUCUUCAACAACAAUAACGGCGGUCAGUACAGUCAGCAAAGGUACGAGAGGAAGAGCAGCAGCAGCAGCAGUCACCAUCUCGUUCGACGGACCAACAUCUUCGUGCGCAUAGUCACAACCAUCUUGAGCUACAGCUACUCGCUUCUUCGUCAGCCGGUGGAGAAGUCGCACUGGAUGGUCCUGGGGUUGGCGCGCCAAUGGCAUCGCGUCACCAGCAAGAUGAUGUGCUUGGACGCCUGGCUGUUGCGCAGCAACAAGAAACAAUCGAACAAAUCAACGGUCGCGUUCUGGCUCUGCCUCAUCCCAUUGCUCUUCCUAGGCGGGUGGUUCUUAAUUCCCGCGGUUAACCAUGGCAACGCCACGACGAUACAGACGCCGCCGGUGGUGUUGGUGAGGCCAGACGCACGACGACAGGAUGUAGCCGCAGCAGGUGCUGCUGCGGUUGUUGCUGAGAAGAAGAAGAGGGAGGAAGAGGUGGUGGUGGUGGCAUCAGCGGAGACGGCGACCGUAGGAUCAGGAAUCGUUGUCGGUGAGUUGCGAUUGGCGCAGCUGGAGGACGGCUUGAGGGAGGAGCUGAGGGCGGAGAGCGGCAAGGCGAGGGCGGAUGCCAAGACGGCGGAGGCGGAGCUGCGGAGAGAGAUCGUUGCGCUGGCGGAGAGAUCGGUGAGCGGGAAGGACGUCGAUGCGAUGAUGGAGGGUCUGUCGAGGAGGAUCGCCGAUCUGCAGGGAGAAAUCGGAAAGUUGAAUCUGGAUUUGGUGAGGUUCCGUGAAGAGACUGAAGUUAGAACGGUGCAAUUGGCAGGGGAGUGCUGCAAGGAGCGAUUCGCCGGGCUGGAUGGGUACGUUAAGGGGUUGCUACGGCAACUGUUGCAAGAUGGCGAUGGGGAUGUUUUCGCCACGUUCAAGGCGAUCUUCGUUGCCAAGGACGAUUUGGAAGGGCGCUUCCGGUCGAUCAACGAUAGUUUGCUGCACGUCGUCGAGGAUAACUCGAAGAGGAUCAUGGCCGAUGUUGCCGGACGACUUGCAGUGAACGCGGACGGUGGAGGAGGUGGCGUAGGAGAAGAUUACGUAAAGAGAUUGGUGAAGCAGGUGAUGGACAUAUACGACGCAGACAAGACGGGUCUGGUGGACUUUGCGCUUGAAUCUGCAGGCGGACAGAUCGUGUCCAUCAGAUGCACGGAUCAGUACACCUCGGGGAUGGCCGUCUACUCGAUCUUUGGCAUUCCCAUUUGGAAGCAGGUGCAGUCCCCUCGAGUGGUCAUUACACCGGGCGUGCAUCCGGGCAAUUGCUGGUGCUUCCAGAACUUCCCCGGCUUCCUGGUGAUCAAACUGUGGGCGAACGUCACGGUGGACGCCUUCUCCUACGAGCACGCCAGUCGUCGCACCAUCGGCGAAAGCAAACUGACCUCAGCACCGAAAGGCUUCUCCGUCUUCGGCCUUCGGGACGAAACCGACCCCGAACCCGUCGCCCUCGGCGACUUCGCCUACGACAAGAACGGUGAACCCCUACAAUACUUCCACGCCGAAAAGACGGAAACGGUCUUCAGCGCGGUCGAACUACGCAUCAACUCGAACCACGGCAAUCCAUCUUACACCUGCCUCUAUAGGUUCCGGGUCCACGGUCAGGUGCAGCAGCCCACCUGAGGUUUUGUCCACAAAAAAAAAACGGAAAAUAUCUAAAAUGAAGAAAAUUGUACCUGAAGUACCGCUAGUUAUCUAAUCAUAGUUUAUAUAUAUAUAUCUCAAAAAGAAAAAAAAAUUAAAAAUGUGUUCCGAAACCGACAAAAAGGAAAAGGCUGACUUAAGUAGCGGAGCGUAACAAGUCUGUGAAUUAAUUAUCUGUCGUCCUAAGUCAUCAACAAUGUACUUAAAAAAAAGAAGAAGCAAUUGUCGUCCUUUGUUCGUGUAUAUUUUUUUUUGUUUUUGCAUCGUCUAACCUAAUUUAUAAUAUAUUUAUUUGUCCAUGCCUGAACUGAAAUACGCGGUUAAAAAAAA